AUGUCCUAUGAUCCCUCCAAAGUCAACCUCACUGUAGUGUGUGCCAAGUCGGUGGCCCUUGGUGCCGUCAUAUCUACAUGCCUCAGCUUCAUGUUUGAACCCGGCUUUUUCCACCUAUCGUCCUAUGUGCUCUCCAUAUGCAUCUUCCACUUGCUUGAAUUCAUCUCCACCAGCGUAUGGAACACUAGCCAAGUCGAUGAUGACUCAUUCAUUUUGACCGACUACGACUUGCUUUUGGUCAACGUGUGUAGCCUAGUGGAGCACUACAUGCUCAGAUGGCUUGAGAUCCGUCCGGUGAUCCAAUUGCAAUAUCUAGGGGUAUUUUUAAUGGGGUUGGGCCAGUUUUUCAGGACCGCGAGCAUGUACACUGCCAAAACAUCAUUUAACCAUUAUAUUCAACGAGUAAAGAGCGAUGACCACGUCCUAGUGACACACGGGGUGUAUGCCGUCAGUCGACACCCGAGCUACUUUGGCUUUUUCUGGUGGUUUGUGGGGUUACGGGUUUAUAUGAACAACUGGGUGGUACUUGGGUAUUCCGGGUAUAAGAUCUGGAGGUUUUUCAAGGCACGAAUCGAGUUUGAAGAAAAGUUCCUCGUGCAGUUCUUUGGUGACGACUAUCGGGAGUAUAGGCGGCGAGUAGGGACCAAGAUUCCAUUUAUUGCAUAA